AUGUCAAUCGAAGUUGACUGGAGGGCAGCCACCUCUGGGCCGGACGGUGAGGCUCUGGCAGAGCGAAUCCGCUCCUUCAUCCAUGACAAGUUCCAGCAGGUGGCCCUCCCACGUUUUAUCCGAUCAGUUCAAGUGCACUCGUUCGACUUCGGGACUAUACCACCUGAUCUUGAGGUGAAAGAUAUCUGUGAGCCGUUUGCCGACUUCUACGAGGAGGAUGAAGAUGACGAAACAUCCGAUGUCGGAGAUGCUACGACGGGAAAGGAACACGGAUCUCUCGCCGAGGAUGAACAUUUGGAUGAUCCUAUGACUUCAGGACAUCCCCUCCGGCUCCCCCCUCGCAUGCGAGAGCGCCGACCGGAAGAUUUUCAGGUUCUAUGCCAUGCUAAAUAUGCUGGGGAUGUGCGGUUAUCAUUAACCGCGGAGAUUCUUCUUGAUUAUCCUAUGCCUAGUUUCGUCGGGUUGCCGCUGAAACUCAACGUCACGGGAAUUACAUUCGACGGAGUUGCAGUCAUCGCGUACAUCCGCAAACGAGUUCAUUUCUGCUUUUUGUCUGCAGAAGAUGCGGAUGCACUGAUCGGGUCUGAUCAGCAAGAGGCGAGAGGCCAGGAUGAUCGCCCAUGGUCUAGUGCAGACCCGACCGCUUCCCCGAAGCGCCAGGGAGGCUUAUUGCGAGAAAUCCGAGUUGAAAGUGAAAUCGGUCGGAAAGAAGAUGGUAAACAAGUCCUGAAGAAUGUCGGCAAGGUUGAGCGCUUCGUUCUAGCCCAGGUCCGUCGCACCUUCGAGGAGGAGAUGGUUUUCCCUAGCUUCUGGACGUUUCUUAUCUGA